UUACCCGCUGACGUCAUAGUUUACAAACCCUGACGCGUUUUAGUAGCUGCGCGUUUCCGCCGCGUCCACUCUGAUGAUGUCAAAACCCCCUACAGCUAAUUCACAAAAGACUCGCCGCCGUGCCGAGCGCCCCGAUUGGACGAAGCAGGAGCCACAGGAAGCGGCGGCGGGCGCGCCGAUUGGCUGCCGUUCUCUUUGUGUGCGGGCAGCUGGCGUCUGGGCUGCAUUUUGAAUGGUCUCGUAUUGGAAGGCGAAGGUGUCCAUGGGCAGCACAGCAACAAAGGAGCCAGGAUGGUGUUAGUGCACGUCGGAUAUCUGGUUCUUCCCGUCUUCGGUUCCGUCAGAAGUAGAGGAGCACAUUUUAGCAGGCACCAGCAUAGUCAUGCUACCUCCUGCCGGCAUUUUCACCUGGCUGCUACAGCAACGCCUCUGCCUGCUGAGUUCCCGCCCCCUCAUCUGCCCCCGCCCCAGUACCAGGAAGUCCCGCCCCCUUUCCUACCUCAGGCCUUACAGCAGCAAUACCUCAUCCAGCAACAGCUACUGCAGCGCAGACGCACACAGGAGCGAGUCCCGCUGAACACGCAUCGGUUACGCCCAGGAUAUGAAUAUGCUCCGCCCCUCCACGUCCCACAGCCAAUCCCACAGCAGCCCAGAUACCUGGCGGAAGGCACCGACUGGGAUCUGAGUGUGGACGCAGGUGUGCCACAUCAGUAUCCUCUGCAGCAGAUUCCUCAACCCUACCAGCAUUACCUGGCCUCUCCCAGAAUGCACCACCUCCCCAGGAACACCUCCUCCACCCAGGUGGUUGUCCAUGAGAUAAGGAAUUAUCCAUAUCCACAGCUCCACCUGCUGGCGCUGCAGAGCUUGAGUCCCAGCAGACACUCUUCUGCUGUUCGGGAGAGUUAUGAGGAGCUGCUGCAGUUAGAGGAUCGAUUGGGAAGCGUCAGCCGAGGGGCCGUGCAGACCACCAUAGAGAGAUUCACCUUCCCGCACAAAUACAAGAAGCGGAAGCCACUGGAUCUGAAGUUAUGUGAGAGUGAGGAAGAGUCUGAUGUGGAUGAGAAAUGCACCAUCUGCCUCUCCAUGCUGGAGGAUGGAGAAGAUGUCAGGCGGUUACCCUGUAUGCAUUUGUUCCAUCAGGCGUGUGUGGAUCAGUGGUUGGCCACCAGUAGGAAGUGUCCCAUCUGCAGAGUGGACAUCCAAACACAGCUCACCCCCGAGAGCUGAAACAAACACGCAUUAACAAAUAACUCACACACACAUGCUCUCUUUCGCUCUUAUACAUCCACAGAUAUGUCUGUACAGACAUUUCCAUCCACACACACACACACUGUAUAUUACCUACACACAUGUAUGAGCCAUCCAACACACACUAAACACACACUCACACGCUUUACUGAGCCAAUGACAAUAACUGACACUACACACACUCACACACAUGCUGGUAGAACUUACUAAAGGGUCUGUCGCAAGGAGUGAUUCUGUCUGUAGGGAAAUGGUGUGUGUCCGUAGCAUGUGUGUGUAUUUGUGCAAUUCCUUAAGCCAUGAACUUUACUAAAGACCCUCAGCUUGCAUACAAUACACACACACACACUUACACACUAAUUAUAAUGUAUACACAAUGAAGCGGAUAAGACACUGUCAAAUCUAGCUGCUGGAGUGUGUGUGUGUGUGUGUGUGUCCACUGUAUUUCUGAUCUGCAAUACUGCUUUAGUCUUACACACUGGAGCUACUUCGGCUUGCGUGUGUGCGUAUGUGCGCUUGUUCACCAUUUUGGUGCGCGUGUAUCGUAUGUGUGUUAAUAUUUUCAUGGGUCACUGGGUUAGCGGUGCACGACGGUGCAUGUAGAGAAGCCAAAAAAAGAACACAUGCUCAACGCAAACAUUUCUGAGACAGCAGGAGGAGGGCUGUUGUCUUACACACACAAAAAAAAACAACAAAGUAGGCGGAGAAUGUCGUGAUUGGUGGAUUUGUGUAGAUAGGCGCAGUAGUAGUUGCAUGCAUCUGUGCUUGGGUUGUUGUUUCAAGGUACACCUGGAAGUGUGUGUAUGUGUGAGAACGCAUGAAUGUGUAUUAGCUCCUUUAAGCUGUGACGAUCCGUAACAUUAUCAGACUCAUGUAGCGCGCGCGUGCGUACGUGUGUUUGCGAGAGAGAGAGAGACCCUGCCAUGACCUUUGACCCUAAAUGCCUACUGAAAAAAGCACAUGUGAGCAUAGCUGAAGUGCCCGGCCUCACUCUGGUGCUGCGCUGCCAUGGUUACUGUAUUUAUUAUUGGUAUUUAAAACAUGCAGUGUUUGGAGGGGGGCGGGGCUUGUGCGUGUCCAACCAUGUUCGUGUGUGACAGGUUUCCCCUCGUGGUUGCUAUGCUGGAUGCUAUGCUGUAUUGCUAGAACUACAAUGUAGAAUGUCGUGUGAUAGAGGACCAUCCGCCAACAGCACACAAGCGGGUCGAGAAGGACGAAUCGGGAAUUAUUCGUAUUUUCCCCAACAAGGCCCGAAACAUACGCAAUUGUAACAGUUUUCUGCUAUGAUUAGUUUUUUGCUUCAGGUCAGAUGUUUUUUUUUUUGUUUUGUUUUUUUUAAAAGUAUCUUGCUGAGCAAGUUAAAAUUAGCGAAACUGUUGACAUGUUUACAGCUUGCAACAUGAACAAUAGCACAUUUGGUAUAAUGGUGCAGACACCGCUGAGCACUGCAUAAAUGCACAUUAAAAAAGGGAAGCAUGCUUGCAAUGUGUACGUUUCUGGCCUUAGGCCGUGUGUCCAAAAAAAGUUUUUUCCAGCAGCAUACUUUUCCAAUUGUUUUCAAUGGGAGCGCCGUGUUUUUUUUAAACGUGCAACUAGGAGCUUUUUACCAGUCGCCGAGAGUUGAAGAAUGUUCAAUUUUAAGUAAAUCACUGUCGCUCUUUACCCAGCCGUCCAAUCACAGUGGAAGAGGGGCGGGACCAACCGCACAUUCUGCUUGUACAACAUCAACAGAUGACGACAAGCACAACAACCGAACAAAAUCAUUAAAAACAAUACCCAGAGCAAAUACUUUACAUUGUGUCAACAUUUUUAUAUAAAACAAUGCGGAAACAAACUAUCUGUGAAAUAAGAGAAUAGUAACACUCCCGCGGAUAUUCCAUAUCAUAACAAGCAAAACGUUUCAACUGAAAAAACACU